AUGACCAUGGAGAAGGGGAUGAGUUCUGGAGAAGGGCUGCCUUCCAGAUCAUCUCAGGUUUCGGCUGCUAAAAUAACAGUCAAAGAGUUGGAAACAAAGCAAUCCCAUAAGGAGAAGCGAGGGGGCUUUGUGUUGGUACAUGCAGGUGCGGGUUAUCAUUCUGAGUCCAAAGCCAAGGAAUAUAAACAUGUAUGUAAACGAGCUUGUCAGAAGGCAAUUGAAAAGCUACAGGCUGGUGCUCUUGCUACAGAUGCAGUGACCGCAGCUCUGGUGGAACUCGAGGAUUCUCCAUUUACAAAUGCAGGAAUGGGAUCUAAUCUAAAUCUCUUGGGUGAAAUUGAAUGUGAUGCCAGCAUAAUGGAUGGAAAAUCCUUAAAUUUUGGAGCUGUUGGAGCACUGAGUGGAAUCAAGAACCCAGUCUCAGUUGCAAACAGACUCUUGUGUGAAGGGCAGAAGGGCAAGCUCUCCGCUGGCCGAAUUCCUCCCUGCUUUUUAGUUGGAGAAGGAGCCUACAGAUGGGCAGUAGAUCAUGGAAUACCCUCUUGUCCUCCUAACAUCAUGACCACAAGAUUCAGUUUAGCUGCAUUUAAAAGAAACAAGAGGAAACUAGAGCUGGCAGAAAGGGUGGAAACAGAUUUCAUUCAACUAAAGAAAAGAAGACAAUCAAGUGAAAAGGAGAAUGACUCGGGCACUUUGGACACAGUGGGCGCUGUAGUUGUGGACCACGAAGGGAACGUUGCUGCUGCUGUCUCCAGUGGAGGCUUGGCCUUGAAGCAUCCAGGGAGGGUUGGACAGGCUGCUCUGUAUGGAUGUGGCUGCUGGGCUGAAAACACUGGAGCUCAUAAUCCCUACUCCACAGCUGUGAGUACCUCAGGAUGUGGGGAGCAUCUUGUGCGUACCAUACUGGCUAGAGAAUGUUCACAUGCUUUACAAGCUGAAGAUGCUCACCAAGCACUGUUGGAGACUAUGCAAAACAAGUUUAUCAGUUCACCUUUCCUGGCCAGCGAAGAUGGCGUGCUUGGAGGAGUCAUUGUUCUCCGAACUUGCAGAUGUUCUGCAGAGUCUGACUCCUCCCAAGAUAAGCAGACACUUCUAGUGGAAUUUCUGUGGAGCCACACGACAGAGAGCAUGUGUGUUGGAUACAUGUCAGCCCAGGAUGGGAAAGCCAAGACUCACAUUUCAAGACUCCCUCCCGGUGCAGUGGCAGGACAGUCCGUGGCAAUCGAAGGUGGGGUUUGCCGCCUGGAGAGCCCAGUGAACUGA